AUGAACAGUCUGUGUGAUACUCACUGGAGGGCAGUGAAACGUAUAUUGAGAUACCUCAGUGGGACACUUGAGCAUGGGUUAUUUUUCUCACAAACUGGCAGUUUCAGUUUAGUCUGCUACACUGAUGCAGACUGGGCAGCCCCGGUGAAAGACAGGAGAUCCACAACAGGCUACUGUGUAUAUCUUGGAUGUAAUCCAAUUGCAUGGUGUUCAAAGAAAAAAAGCGUUGUUUCUAGGUCCACUUCAGAUGCAGAGUAUAGAAGCUUUGCUAAUUCUGUUUCUGAAUUGAUUUGGAUUGAACAAUUACUUGAUGAAAUUGGCAUUAGUAUAACUGGAAAGCUAGUUGUUGCUGACAUACUCACCAAGCCGUUGUCACCUGCAGUGUUCAGUGAUAUGCGCUCACGUCUUGGGCAGAAAUCAACAACAUUAGUCAUGAUAAACAAGUCUGAAGAAGCAGAAAAAUGUUGA